AUGGCUUGGCUGGAGAUUUUGUCGGAACUACACCAGGGCCUCGUAACACAACAGCACCAAGUACGGGAAUCAUGGGAACGCCUCCUCCGAAGCCUGCAAGAAGAGAUACCGCUUAUCGUCGAGCUCGGUAGCAAGGUUAUCCCAGAUAUCGAUUUCAAGGACAUUGACAAUGCGCCCGAAGCCUUUAGCAGUGAAUUACGGAAGAGAGGCGUAGCGGUUGUGAGGGGUGUAGUAUCAGAGAAAGAAGCGCUGCAGUGGAAAGAGGACUUGAGAGAGUACAUCCGCCAGAAUCCUCACACCAAGGCAUACCCCACCGACAACCCCCAAGUCUUUGAACUCUACUGGUCGCGCAGCCAGCUUCUUGCACGCGGCCAUCCGAACCUCCUCAAGACACACCGUUUUCUCAUGUCAUACUGGCACAGCGCAAACCCCCAUGUCCCCCUCUCCACAAAACACCCCAUAAGCUACGCCGACCGCCUCCGCAUGCGUCAACCCGGCGACGCCAAAUUCGCACUAGGACCACACGUCGACGGCGGCAGCGUAGAACGCUGGGAGGAAGAAGGCUACGGGCUCGGAAAAGUCUUCGACGCAAUCUGGCGCGGGAAAUGGGAGUCGUUCGACCCCUGGGAAGCGACAUGUCGUCUCCCCGUCAACGCCGACCUGCACCAAGGCGUCGGCGCCUGCAACGCUUUCCGCAUGUUCCAAGGCUGGCUCUCCCUCUCCACCACAGGCCCACACGAGGGAACCCUCCUCGUCAACCCGCUCCUCGCAAAAGCAACAGCUUACUACCUCCUCCGUCCUUUCUUCUCCCCUAAACGCGGUGUCACACAGCCCAACGCGCAAAUAGCCUCGGAAGCGGACGCUACAGCACACACGUCGUCUUUCCUAGACCCAGAUAACUGGAUACUAGAUUCACCGCAAACCUCCUGGAUGCACGGCGCUACACCAGGCCACGGCCAGGAACUCUCUCACCUCCUCCACCCGCACCUCCGUCUUCAGGAAAGUAUGAUUCAUAUUCCCACUGUUCGACCAGGCGAUUACGUCGCCUGGCACUGCGAUACCAUACACGCGGUUGACAAGACACAUGCUGGCUCCGCUGACUCGACCGUCUUGUAUAUCCCCGCUUGUCCCAUGACGGAAGAUAAUGCGAAUUUUCUUGUGAGGCAGCGCGGGUGUUUUGUUGAGGGUACACCCAGCCCGGACUUUGGCGGCGGCGUGGGUGAGAAGGGACACGUGGGGCGGACGCAUUGCAGUUCUGGUAACCCUCCUUACAACAACAACAACAACAACAACGACAACAACCUCAGCGUCAUCCCGUAA